AUGUCUUCAGUCAAGGCGCGUAGUCCUGCUGAGCCCAGGCUUUCAGCCAGCCUCGUCGUGAUCAACGAGACAGACCAUGUGCUCCUGGUCCAACGGGCAUUUUCCUCGGGGUCCUUUCCUGGAGUACAUGUGUUUCCAGGAGGCCAUUUUGAUCCCUCGCAAGAUGCUUCGGUCGAACUCACCGCAAUACGAGAGACCUUUGAGGAGACCGGCCUACUCCUUGGCAUGGACGGCGAGCCCGCGCUGGACAACACAGCUCUGAAUAGUGCUCGGAAAGAUCUGUAUACGGGCAAGAUCGCAUUCCCCGCGCUUCUCAACGAGUGCAAUGUGCACCCUAUCCCAGACAAGUUGCUGCCAUUCACGCAAUGGAUCACUCCAGCAAGCGCCCCUAGACGCUUUCAUACACAUUUUUUCGUGACAUUCCUGUCGGAGGUCGAUGACGGCGCAAGACCAGCUGCGGCGGCUCAAGGAGUUCACGAACAGAGAAUGCCGACGCCGGAUGGCGGCCUUGAAGUCUUUUCUACGCGUUUCUUACGUCCGUCGGUGGUGCUCGAGCAAUUCCGACGCAAAGAGAUCGCUUUGAUGCCGCCGCAGUUCUACAUCUUGUCUGUACUCGCAGAUAUCUUUGCGGCGCAGAAUCGGAGUCGAGAGCAACAGCAUGCUUCCAUCCGCCAGCUUUCAGCUGGGCCUUUCGGACGUGCGGUAUUCAAUCCGUUGGCUUUGCCGAAGCGUGAUAACCAAGCCCCGACAAUCAUGACUUACGAGAGCGACGAAGAGCGCGGUGGCCCUAAAGGGCGACGGCAUCGUUCAGUAAUAAAAUUCGGGCCAAGUGGAGUUUCAAGCGAGAUGUCCUUGGAGCGCAAUUUCGACAUCUUCACGGAAUUUUUCGAAACACCAUCCACGCCCGGCCAGCUACCAAUCGCCAAACUGUGA